GGUCAGUGAAGAACAACACAUCCUCCCAACCUAAGAAAAAUGAAGCUACUACUCAUCCUCUUAUUGAUGCUAUUUGCGUCGGCGAUGAGUGGCGCAACCCCAAGAAAUGGGCUAAGUUCAUCCAAUUACUACUCCACCCCGCCACCACUACAUGGUCAUCAACCACCUCCACCCUACUACCAUCACCCUCCGCCUCCAACGUAUACUCCUCCGCCGCACCACCACCAUGCCCCUUCCCCAAAGCACACUCCUCCGCCACCUUCCCCAAGACAUUCCCCUCCGCCCCAUCGCGUCCAUCCACCAAAACAUGCUCCACCUCCGCCCAAUCAUGGCCAUCCACCACCUUCUCCAAUAUAUCCUCCUCCUCCCCAACACGGCCAUCCUCCACCUCCGCCCCAUCACGGCCAUCCGCCACCUUCGCCAAAACAUGCUCCUCCGCCACCUUCUCCACCUCCGCCCCAUCACAGCCACCCGCCACCUUCGCCAAAACAUGCUCCUCCGCCACCUUCUCCACCUCCACCCCAUCAUAGCCAUCCGCCACCUUCGCCAAAACAUGCUCCUCCGCCCCAUCACGGCCAUCCACCACCUUCGCCAAAACAUGCUCCUCCGCCACCUUCUCCGCCUCCGCCCCAUCACGGCCAUCUGCCACCUUCGCCAAAACAUGCUCCUCCGCCACCUUCUCCACCUCCGCCCCAUCACGGCCAUCCACCACCUUCGCCAAAACAUGCUCCUCCGCCCCGUCACAACCAUCCACCACCGUCACCAAUAUAUGCUCCUCCGCCCCAUCACAACCAUCCUCCACCUUAUGCUCCCCCGCCACAUCAUGGCCACCCACCACCACCUACACCAAAACAUGCUCCGCCACCAUACACACACUCAUCACCCCCUCCGCCACCGUACUAAUCUCCUCAUCCGUUGCCGGGUGAAGUAGUUUCUCCGAGAGGGGCCAAUAAAUGGAGGCGAUUACCACUUUAGUUUAGAUCAAGAUCAUACAAAGUGGAAUAUAUAUAAUUAUUAUAGUGGUGUAUUUUGCUUUGUAUGUAGCCACAGCAAUAAAUUUAUCAAACUCCAUAAUAUAAGAGCAGCCGGUUAAUUAUGAGAACUAA